AUGGCGCCAGUGCAAAGCGUGAUUUGGCGUGAUUUGUAUUCACAGUGUAUGCAUCCUGGUAUGCAUUCGAAUGUAUUUCAUUAUCUAAAUCAGUACUGUAAUGAAUUGUUUAAAAAAAAUACCCAAACACUUUCAAAAAUUCAAAAUAAUUGUAUGAACAUUUCCUUCAUUUUUAUUCGUAAUUCAUUCUGCCAAUCACCUGGUAUGGUGUGAUACAAACGAGACUUUGACCCGAUUCUCCUUGGAUACCUUGUUAUGAUAAUAACUAUGUUUCUCACAUUCUCACGCCGACUUGGGAGAUAGUACAGGUUAUAACACCGGUUUCCUGUUCAUAACCAGUUGAUCUCUCGUUGCGCAUUUUACAAGGCGAGCGAAAUGGCUGAAGAAGUGGAUGGAAAUACGAUUUUGGCAGAAGCAUUGAAAGCACAGGGAAUUGAAUAUGUCUUUGGCAUUGUUGGCAUUCCUGUCAUAGACCUCAGCAUAGCAAUGCAGCAAGCUGGUUUACACUAUGUGGGCAUGAGAAAUGAACAGGCAGCUUGUUAUGCUGCCCAAGCCAUUGGUUAUCUUACGCAAAAACCAGGGGUGUGCCUUGUCGUAUCAGGACCAGGCCUGUUGCAUGUAAUGGGAGGCAUGGCAAAUGCACAGAGUAAUUGCUGGCCUUUGAUUGUUAUUGGAGGAUCAUGUCCUCAAGACCAUGAAGGCAUCGGAGGUUUCCAGGAAUGUCCUCAAGUGGAGUUGAGUCGUCCUUAUUGCAAGUACAGCGCUCGACCACCAAGUGCAGCUCUUAUUCCACUCCAUGUGGAAAAAGCUGUUCGCUACGCAACAUAUGGACGUCCUGGAGUGGCUUAUCUUGAUUUUCCUGGGAACAUGUUGAUGCAACGUAUCAACUCUGAUGAUGUUAGUCCAACAUAUCCAUGUCCAGAGCCCCCUAUAGCAUAUCCAGAUCCAAAUUCAAUUCAGAAAGCAGCUCAGCUUCUCAGACAAGCUGAAAGACCAUUGAUCAUUGUUGGGAAAGGUGCUGCUUAUGGAAAAGCAGAAGCAGCUGUAAAUGAGCUGGUAAACGUUACAAACAUUCCAUUCCUACCAACACCAAUGGGCAAAGGUGUUGUAAGUGACACUGAUAGCCACUGUGUCUCUCCUGCCCGCACAGCUGCCCUGCAGUACGCAGACACAAUUUUGCUCUUGGGAGCACGGCUCAACUGGAUAUUGCAUUUUGGUCGUCCUCCACGUUACGAUCCGAAAGUGAAAUUUAUCCAUGUGGACAUCUGUGUGGAGGAACUUCACAACAGUGUGCCUGCUGAAGUAGCUAUUCAUGGGGAUAUUGGAGCUACUGCAAAAUUGCUCACAGAAGCUUUGAAAGGGCGAUACACUCAUCCAUCUUCCAGUCCAUGGUGGAAACAACUGAACGAGAAAGCAGCUAAAAACAAGGAAGUCGUUACGGCUAUGUCUCUUGACACAAAAGUACCUCUUAAUUAUUACACUGUAUUCCAUCAUAUUCAAAAUCUCAUCCCCAAAGACUGUAUUAUUGUUAGUGAAGGAGCUAACACAAUGGAUAUAGGUCGAACAAUGCUGUUGAAUAUAUUGCCUCGGCAUAGAUUGGAUGCUGGUACCUUUGGCACAAUGGGGGUUGGGUUGGGUUUUGCAGUUGCUGCUGCUUUGUGGUGUCAGAAAAAUGCUCCGAACAAGAGGGUUCUCUGUGUAGAAGGAGAUUCUGCAUUUGGUUUCUCAGGAAUGGAGAUCGAAACCAUGUUCAGGUAUAAACUACCAAUUACCAUUGUAAUUGUAAAUAAUAAUGGUAUCUAUGGAGGAUUUGAAAAAGAAUUGUUUAAUGAGAUUCAAAGCUCAGGAGAAGUGACAAAAGUCACACCCCCAUCAUCACUGACAGUAAACACACAUUAUGAAAGAAUGAUGGCACUUUCCGACAAAGAAGGGUUCUUUUGCACUAGUAUUCCACAACUUGAAGAAGCGGUCAGGAAGAGUUUGAUGGUGAAGGACGGUCCAAGAAUCAUCAACGUUAUGAUCAAUCCCAGUGCGGAUCGUAAAACUCAAACCUUCAACUGGUUAACGGAAUCAAAAUUGUAGUAGCAUUUUAUUUACAAGCAAAUUACUUUCUACAACUUAUGUUACUCAAAUGAAGUUGUACAUUAUGCUUUAUAAAAGCUAUAUAAAUGUUUAUAUGUUAUAAAAAAAUAAAAUUUUUCAAACACAACUGCCCUUAUGUUAUGUGCCAGGUACAAACUGAAAUUAACUCAUUCAAUUUUACACAAAAUAUGUUACGAUGAGAGAUAAAUAUUUUCUUACAAGCACUAAAUUAGAAGCCAUGAAUGCAUAUUAAUCAUAAAUUUUUCUUUUUAGAAACAAAAGAUUUGACUUGAAACAAAUCAUCACUUAAUUCGCUUACACCUAAUAAGCAGUACUCUAUUUAACAAUGUAAUAAUAUACUGACAAUAUAAAUAACUACAACAAUAGUGAUCUAUUUGCACACAAGUCUCUUUAAUCUUUGUAGGAUAAUUUGUAGACAACUACAAAUAUUUAUCUUUAUACAGUUUUUUUUUCUUGCUUUGUUAAUAUACAAGUUCAUUGCAAUAAAGCCUACAGAUGAGAGUACUACUCUUAGUCUAUCUUAACUUUGCUACACAGUAAGGCACAUUCAUGUCUAUCCACGCCCCCCACAUGUAUA